AUGGACUUCGACAACAUCACACCCGGAGAGGAGGCGAGCGUUGGGAUCUACAACAUCCUGGCUGAGACGGCCAUCCAGACGACACUGUGGGGCAACAAAUGUUGUCUCUUGAUCUUGUACAAUCGUCUAGUUCUUUUUGGUCACCAGGUCACGUUGUGGAUUAUCGUUGCGGCCUACACCUGGCUAACGUACGUUGCCGUCAUGGUCGCUCUUUACGGGGGCUGGUGUCGCCCUUUUUCUGAUUACCUCGUGCUCGAGCCGGGCAACAUGGAAUGUCUGACUUGGAAGCACUACAACAUCUUGCAGAUGACGAUGAACCUCUCGACGGACCUCAUCCUCCUUCUGAUCCCCGUCACGCUGAUUGGCAGGUUGAACAUGAAGAUCGGAAGAAAACUGCUGCUCAUAUGUCUUUUCAGCAUGGGUGUAUUCGUUAUGCUUUCCGCAAUCCUCAUGAAGGUCGCCGUCUUCACCAACUCGGUAGAUCCAGUGUGGUUCUCAUGGUCCGUCCGUGAAAUCAGCACCGCGAUGUUGGUCCCUAACCUUGUCCUCGGUUUGCCCUUUCUCAAGACGGGAUGGCGGCUCGUCUUCCCGAGCAGCGGGAGCACGAAAGGGGUUUCGUCCGCGACCUCGGGCUCAGGCGCGAUGAUUAGGUCUACGAAGAGCUCCGGCGGGAUUAUGUCGACGGAGCCUGGGUCGUCAAGCAGAUGGGAAUCACCCUCGAGAGCUAAAGGGGAAAGUGCCGGUGAGGGCGCCGGCCGGUCUCACGGUGUUGAACUUUAG